UAAAGUAACAUCAAUUUCUGCUGAUCCACAAGCUGUAAGAAAAUUUUUUAGAUUAGAAAAAUAUAUUGUAGGUUAUGUAUUACCAUUGUAUCACAAGAAUAUGAAAGUAUGUAGAAUACUUUAAAUUGUUCAAUUAAUAUCGUUAAAUGGCAGGAGAUUCGAGACGAGCCUUAACAUUUUUAAUAGAAAAGGUGCAGAAAUUACCAUUAAUAUUGAAUAGAAAGUCUGGAAUUAUAAAUGCGACAAACAAUACAAAAUAUAAGGUGAUAAACCUGUCAAAUAUCGUUUCUGAAAAAUUUAAUACUGCUUUGAAGCGAAUGAAUAAUCCUACAAUUAUUCCAAAUGUUGAUACUACAUUGCUGCAAUUAUCACCUCCUUUACCAACACGUCUUAUUAAUUAUUGGCAAUGGUACCAAAAAUUAAUAGGCUUGGAUAAAGUGGAAAUUGCUAAGCAACAAGUCAUUAUAGUGCAAAAUAAUUUAUUCGAGUGUCAAAAUCAACGUCGUAAUUGUACACAAGAAAUAUCAUUAAUCAAUGGGAAGUUAAAAGAAAUUUAUAGCGAAUUAAUUCAAACAAAACGAGAUAAUCCCAAAUAUGUACAAUUAACAAUUAUGGAAAAUAAAAGUUUACAAGAGCACUCGAAAAUUUUGGAACAAUUAAAUAUUUUAGAAAAACAAGAACAUGAUUAUUUUGCACAAUUGGCAACAUCGAUAAAGGAAUAUCAUGACUGUCAGACUAUGAACACACAAAAGUAUAAAUAUCUAUCUAUUUUAGCAUCAGCAUUUUUAGGAAUUGUUUCAUUAACCGCAUCUAUUAUUUAUAAUAAUAAAAGAGUGGCAGAUUUAAAGGACACUAUUAAUCAGGGAGAGAAGUCAAUAGAAAAUAUAUUAAAAACUGAAUUUUUAAAACUUUUUAAUAAUCAAAAAAGCACAGAGAACCUUAAAGUUAACAUGCUUAAUGUAGAUAAACCACAUAAUAUGGAAAUACUAGAUAUGAAACAAAUAAGUCAUCUUAUAGUAAUAGGAACUGUUGUUUAUAUUUUAUGUAAAAUUUUUAACAAUUGAAUAUAUC